CGGGUCUCAGUCUGACGGAGAUGGCGAAGGGAGUCGGUAGUCGUGGUGGCUGGGCCAUUGGCGUUGUGUUUAUGGUGUGUUGUGUUACUUCACAAGAUCUGAAAGGAGACUCGAGGUCCUUGGCGGAUCUCGCCGGCAAAAUCGACGACUGGCUGGUAGACCUUCACGAGACGACCAGCGCCACCAGCGUCCUCAGGAGGGACUACAAUGGCGAUUAUAACGUGGAGAUCGAACGUGUACGAACAGAGCCCAUGGUGCAGGAGAUGGCAAGGGACGUCAACCAGCUCCUCAGUGACAAACGGAAGGCCCUGCAGAAAAUCGUGCAGCACCUGGAGGACGCCACCACCACCUACGUAUGGGAGGACGAGCUGGACCUCAACACGUCCCACCCGUUGCUGAUGAAGUACCUGGACCCGAGCAACGACUCCCACGAGAUGCAGAUGGACGAGAGGCUGGGAGUGCCGGUCAAGUACAACAUUUCUGGCAUUCAUGUGCCCCUUGAGGUUUACGAAGGAUGGUUAUGGCCCAACAUCAGGGAGCAUAGGGAACAGGAUCCAGAAAUUCUAAAUGGACUCAGUUGGUCUGCAACGGUAGAUCGCGUAUUCCGAGAUAACUUUGAUGCAGACCAAACGCUGAUGUGGCAAUAUUUUGGAGCUCAGACUGGCUUUAUGCGAGUUUAUCCAGCUACAACGUGGUAUGUUCCUCCCAAUUUGAUAGACCUUUAUGAUGCACGUCUGCGACCUUGGUAUGUUCAGGGCUCUGUUCCACCAAAGGAUAUGAUUAUUCUUAUGGACAGGAGUGGCAGUGUUCAUGGGCAGACAUUUACAAUCAUGAAAUGGGCUGUAAAAACCCUAAUUGACACUCUGGGAGAAAAUGACUUUGUAAAUGUUGCUGCAUUCAAUGACACAACUGAGUGGGUGAAUAACUGUACAUAUUGCAAGGCAAAUGGAACAGAAGAGGAGAAUGAGGCCUGUCAUCAAAACUUAGUCCAAGCAAGCACUAGCAACAAGAAACUAUUAUUUAGGGCAAUUGACGAGCUUGAAGAUGGUGGCAUAGCGAGCUACUCAAAUGCACUGGAAUUUGCACUCAAUGCCUUCAAAGAGUAUUCACAAACCAAGGCAAGAGGAGAAGGGGCUCAGUGCCACAAAACAAUCAUGCUCUUCAGUGACGGGGGAACUGAAUGGCCGGAAGAGAUCUUUAAGAAAUACAAAGCAGAAGAAGAUACAAAGGAUGUGCGAGUAUUUACAUAUGCUGUGGGUCCUCAUCCCAUCCCUACAGCAGUGUUAAAACAGAUGGCUUGCUCUACAGGAGGGCAGUACUCGGUUAUCACUACAAGAAGUAGUGUCCGAACAAAAAUACAAGAGUCGUAUACAAGCUUACUCUCCCCUGCUCACCCCCUGAAAGGAAACCUUUCUGACCAAUAUACAACUGCGUACACAAGUGCUGUGACAGAGGAGUUGACUGUAUCUCUUACACGGCCAGUUUACAACACGUCAGACUUUACGAACACCUCAGAUUUAUUGGGAGUAGCAGGCAUUGAUGUUCCCAUCCAGUCGCUGAAGAAUCUCUCGCCAUUUGAAGCUCUUGGACCAAAUGGUUACACUUUCAUCAUUAACCAUAAUGGCUUUAUUGUUAUGCACCCGAGGCUAAGUCCACAACUCUCAUAUCUGUUGGGACCCCCACACAUUGAUCUGCUUGACGUUGAAGAGGAGACCAAUGAGACAGUUUUCAUCCGGAAGAGAAUGGCCAACGGGACAGCAGGUUCGGAAUCAAUCCUUGGGAAGAUAAGAAUUGAUGACUUUCAUUCUGUUGUCUACAGUACCAUACAGUAUACAUGGACUCCAAUAAUUGAUACUACAUAUAGCUUGGGCAUUGUGAACCUCAGGCGGUCAUACCACAUGAUUGUCCAUAACCAAAGUGGCUAUUCUGUUGCUGAGCAAUUCAACACUACUGACACUGUGAUAGCUCCUUGGCCCUAUUGUAGAGGACGUCAAGCAAGUGACUCGGUGACAAGGGUAAAGGACUUUAUAAAGGAUAUCAGUGAGCGAAGGGGAAUGUGUAAAGAACUGAGUAAGAAUGAUUUAGCACAAGGGUUGCUGUGGUCCCAGUCUUGGACGCAGGAGUUACUUAAGCAGUGGAAGAAGGAUCGUUGGUCAAAAGAGGAUCUGAUUGGCAGAGUCAUAUUCACAAGAUUUGGGCUGACUAGGUUCUAUCCUGAGAGCCAGAGGCCAGGAGCUCUCCAUUGGCAGGACCCCUGGUACAACCCAGCACUUCGUAGGGGAGAACUGUCAAGCAGAAUUGCCAUUAUUCCCCAUGCCCUUGGUGCCUUUUUAUCAGUCCCAGUCAAAGUUGCUAAGAAUUAUGAAGUAAUGGCCGGAGUUGUGGGUGUAAACCUGACAGCCAGUUACCUGCAUAGUGAAUUUAAGACUAUGUUGAUAAGGACUGAAUGGAACAAGGACUACCUCCUUCUGUUGGUGGAUGAUGGAGGGCUCAUUGUUACUUCCAAUGAAGAGGAGCUACAUGGAGUAACCCUUCAAGGGAUGUUCCUUGGAGAUCUGAACAUGCCAUUAAUGGAGCAUCUGCACAAUGCCAGCAUUUAUAACAUGGAGAAACGAGUAAAUACACAGGCUAUCUGCAAAGAGUCGAAGACCAAGGGAACAAGUGCAGGUCCAAGGAGUUUCCUCAUUCCAAACCCUCUGAAACUUCUCGCCGGUUUCCUGAUUGAGAUACUUUCUUGGGCUGAUUAUCUGAGAUAUAUGAUAUUUAGCUGUGUUGUGGCAUUCAUGUCUCCGAGCGUUGAGGCAUGGUCCGAGUGGGGCAUGACGCAAAUUGGGGGACAGGAAUCAUGUGUUAUGUCCCAAGCCAUCUAUUAUUUUGGUGAAAACACACGUCAUUCUGCUGUCAUGCACUGCAGCAACCACACUGCAAAGUUUUGGGUACGACGUCUAGUGAAGGCAAAUGCAAUUCUGGUUGCCAUUGAAACAAAACCAGAGGAGUGUGGCGUAUACUCCAGUCUUCCAAAUAUCACUCCAGAAAGAGUUACUACAGUGAAACCUUGUGCAUACCAAGCAAGGUUUAGAAGACGGCCAUCGAGCUGCCUCAUGGAUAACUCAACAGAUUAUUGCAAUAAAUCACCACAUCCGACGGCAGCUUCAUUUGGAACUGUGCUAAGUGUUUUACUUGUUAGUAAGAUCUUGGGAAGUAUAUAAAAAGUACUGUGAUUCUAUUGGUACAGAUGCUAUUAGCUAUAUUUUCAUGUAUGGUACUCGAAAAUUAGGAUUUAUAUUCUAUGAAAAAAAAUAAGAAAAAAUCAUUUAAAUUAAUAUUUUCAUGUGUUUAUUAAGUGUAUAUUAUGUGGAAUUUAUUGAUAUAUCAUUUAAGAAUUCUCACUGGAUAAGUUACAAGUAAAAUAACAGAUGGAAGUAUGAAUAGUUUCAAGCAUAAUCUUUGCAACAUUUAAUUUACAUGUUAUGUAUGACAUGUAGGAAAACAUUUUGUGUUUAAUAUUUGUAAACACAUGCCUAUGGGAGUGCACACACACACACACACACACACACACACACACACACACACACACACACACACACACACACACACACACACACACACACACACACACAGAGUAAAAAAAAAAUGUAUAACAGAAUAAGGCUUCUAGUCUUCCUUCAUUGUAUAUUGAAAAGUAUUUUUUUUUCCCCUUUUUAUCAGAACCAAAGAGACUUAUGGUGUAGCAAAUGAAUGUAAUUUGAUUCCUUGAAAUUUUACUUGACACAUUUUCAUUUGUAUUCAAAUUGUUGAUUGUAAUGUGAAAUAAUAUAUUUUCAUUCAAUACAAAUUUUUGCAGUGGUUGAUAACAGAUAAUGGUUGAUAACCAUUUUGCACCUACUAUUAAUAUGACAGAUUAGCGUUUUUGCUCAUUCUAGAUCUCACUGUGAUAGAUAAGAUCUAUAUACUGUCCAUUAACUGUAUAGCAAGUCCCAGCUGUGAGUUGGUUCAUCUUGCAUUUUAGUCAGACUAACGACUAUAGCAUUCUCUAUCAAUUUCCAUUUCCUUGAUUGUAGAAUUCUUGAUAUAUUCUCUUAGAGUGGACCAUUUGAAGAUAAAGCAUAAACACUCUUAAAUAUUUCACAAUGGUGUCAACUUACCAUGGAUCACCACUAUGUAGUGAUAAAUUACGGCAGUUAAACAUGUAUUUGUAGAGAAGUAUAUUUCAAGUUGCACGUAAUGUCUUUUCUACUUUGCUGUUUUUUUUAGAUGUUACUUUUCAUGUAGUUACUGUGAAUAAGAGAAUGAAAGCAGACAUGAGAAGGGUAAGCUACCAAGCACAUGCCUUAAAGAUAACUGACCAAAGAAAGUGUGUGGUGUAUGUGGUUAUGUAAUUAUGACUGGAGUCGUCAGGAUAUAUGUUUUGUUUCUUUUCUUCAUGUCUAAAUGUUCUUAUAAAAAGAUUAGGUGAUAUUUAGGAUUGUGAUUUUGUAGUCUCAAUAAUUAAUCUGAUAUUUCAUUCAUUUUUUUGUUUUUGUCUUGGUGUUAAUGCAGACACAGAGCAAAGAAGAAAAUAUAUUAAAAAAAAAGGGUACAUACACUGUAAAGCAAGAUAAGUGAAUGAUAGAUUUAACCAAAGGAAAAGCACUAGAAUAAGCAUGUUGCAUGUUAUGGCUCGCAAUGAAAUUCUCUUCACCAAGGCAGUUAUCUUUUCACCAAAGCAUAGUGAAUUUUCUCAUGCGAGUCAGAACAGUGUUCCAUGCAGUGCUUACUCAAUCCAGUGUUUACUCUUGUAGCUGUUUUUUUUUCUUCUUCUUUACAGAGAAAAUAUAUAAAGAAAGGAAGGAAGCAAAUGAAUGGAAAUCCGGAUGAUAAUACUAAAACAUGAUGUAGCUAUAUAGUAGUUAAUUCUUCCAGAAUAAGAGGUUUUUCUGAAAGGUGUCUUCAUAUCUUACAAAUGCCAUGUGUUUUAGAGGUGUUCUUAUAGGUAAUAUUUACUUCACUUUUAGAAUAAGAUUUUCACCUACAAGGAACCGUUCUUGUACAGUGCAUCAACAGAAUCACCAAAUAUAGUUUAGUGUGAGCAAGUUUUUAUAAGCUGGGAAUGAAGUUGUUUUAUCUUCUUUACUCUUACUUCUUGCAUCUUUUUCUUAUCUUAUUCUAUUUUCCCCCUUUUAGAUGGAUUUUUAUCACAUAUUCAAAGUGAUAUAUAAAGGAAAAUUCACAUGUAUGUUCAAAUAAGAAUGAUUAGAUGGUAAAUUCAAUAUUUUUAUGCUACAUUAUUUAGUUCUGUAGUAUUUCUCUAUAUAUCAACAAAUCCAAUUAUCUUUUGUUUGUUUAUUCAGAAUGUUAAAAGAAAUGAGAUUUAAGAGCACAAGUUAAAUCCCUUGUUAUUUUCAUUUGAUAUACUUCUGUAUUAUCAAAGAAUAUCUCUAUUUUCCAUGAAUCAUCAGCUGUAAUGAAUAUUGUACUUAUUAUUUGCAAUACAGCAAUGCCAAAACAUAUUCAAGAAAUUUGUUAUUAUUACUUUGCAUAUGAGAGAAGGAAGUCACCAAAUAGAUGUAUAUGCUUAAAGCUAUAUCUAUAUGCUUAAGGCUAUGUCUCUGUGGAAGUGAACAUUGCUGUCCGGCAAAUAACAGCUGCUUUAACUUUAUUUACCCAAACAUAAAGUGUUAAAUGCACAUAAACAAAUUGAAUGAAAUAAAAUCAGUUCAAAAAAUCUUGAGUGUUUGUGAUACAGCAAUGCACCUUAAAAUAAUGAUGAUAAUGAUCAAAACCAAACACAGUUUCUUUCAUUAGAAAAAAAGGAGUAAGUCAUCAUACUUAAAAAUACUAGUCCUUUUGAUACUAAAUUAACUUUAGUAUAAACUCUACUUUCUUUCUCCUCUUUCUCUACCACCUUAUUUCUUUUUCUGUAAGAAUGCAUUGUAUCAUUUGUUAUUAAGCUCCUGAGGAGGAUCUUGACAAUUUCCUUGCUCUUCCCCUGAAUGAUAAUGUGCAUAGUUCUCCUAGUAAAUGCAUCCUAGUCAGUUGUUUACCCUCAGUGUAGUUUGUGGAAGGAUGAAUAUACUGCAAAGAAUGUAAGACCUUAUUCUGCAUGUUGUAGAGAAAAGUAUUUACCUGUAUAUCUAACUUUUAUCAAUUUGAUUAUGUAAAUAAAUGUAAUUUUUAUCAUGUGUAUUGUAAAGGACAUAGAGAUUAAUGCUCUGGCAGUAAAUUGUUAUGCACAGUGUUAUAUAUGUGUAAAUAAAAUACUUUUUAGUGGCAGAAA